AUGUGUCGUCUUCUUUCAGUCGAGGAGCCUUCGACAUGCACACACCAAAUCCUCUUCCCUCACGAUCCUAACGCACGUUUGCCCGAACAUCAGCUCCUGCUGCAUUCUAGCGCCGAGGAGGUCUCGAUUCGUGACCUGGACUCGAUGAAAAUUUCCCGACUGGCACCGGUACCGGGCAUCGUCAUUGGUGCUUCGGUCAUGUCCUCCAAAGCGUCGGAGCUUGUCAUCCAGUGCCGCAACUGCCAGAACACUCAACAUGUCCCCGUCUUUGGCGGUUUCUCGGGCGUCACGCUACCGAGGCAAUGCGAGAGAAAGAGGCUGCCAAAUGACCCUACGGAGAAAUGCCCUCUGGACCCGUACUUCGUGAUUCACGAGAAGUCACGGUUCGUCGACCAGCAGGUUAUUAAGCUGCAAGAGGCCCCCGAUAAGGUCCCCGUCGGCGAGCUUCCCAGACAUGUGUUGAUCUCGGCGGACCGGUACCUCACAAAUCGUGUUGUCCCUGGAUCCCGAUGCACGAUCACCGGCAUCUUCUCAAUCUACCAGAACAAGGGAUCCAAGAACUCGUCCACGGGUGGUGCUGUCGCCAUCAGGACCCCGUAUUUGAGGGCUGUCGGCAUCAAGACGGAUAUUGAUCAGAGCGGCCGCGGACAGGUCAUCUUUUCUGACGAGGAAGAGCAAGAGUUCCUCGAAAUGAGCCGACGACCAGAUCUCUAUAACGUCAUGGCCGAGUGCAUUGCUCCGUCGAUCUACGGAAAUGCGGAUAUCAAGAAGGCCAUCCUGUGCCUGCUACUGGGUGGAUCGAAAAAGAUUCUCCCAGACGGCAUGAAACUGCGUGGUGACAUAAACGUCCUCCUCCUGGGUGAUCCGGGUACGGCCAAGUCGCAACUGCUGAAGUUUGUCGAAAAAUGUGCGCCCAUCGCCAUCUACACAUCCGGUAAAGGUUCCUCGGCUGCCGGUCUCACCGCAUCCGUGCAACGGGAGCAUACGACCCGCGAAUUUUAUCUGGAAGGUGGUGCAAUGGUGCUUGCUGACGGUGGUGUUGUGUGCAUCGACGAGUUCGACAAGAUGCGUGACGAGGAUCGAGUGGCCAUCCACGAAGCCAUGGAGCAGCAGACCAUCUCCAUUGCCAAGGCCGGCAUCACUACGAUUCUGAAUGCCAGGACAUCGGUUCUCGCAGCAGCCAACCCCAUCUUUGGCCGUUAUGACGAUAUGAAGACCCCUGGCGAAAACAUUGAUUUCCAGACGACCAUUCUGUCUCGAUUCGACAUGAUCUUUAUUGUCAAGGACGACCAUACGCGCGAGAAAGACGAGAGGAUAGCCAAGCACGUCAUGGGCAUCCACAUGGGAGGUCGGGGUGCAGAGGAGCAGGUUGAGGCCGAGAUUCCCGUCGAGAAGAUGAAGCGGUACCUCAGCUACUGCCGAUCUCGAAUGGCGCCGCGGCUCAGCCCCGAAGCGGCAGAGAAGCUUUCUUCCCACUUUGUCAACAUCAGGCGGCAGGUUCACGCAAGCGAGAUGGAGGCCAACACCCGGUCAUCGAUUCCCAUCACCGUCCGUCAGCUGGAAGCCAUCAUUCGUAUCACAGAGUCGCUGGCCAAGCUCACUCUGACGCCCAUCGCAACGGAACAACACGUCGAUGAGGCCAUCCGACUGUUCCUCGGCUCGACCAUGGAGGCUGUCAACCAGGGCAGCAACCAGGGCAGCAGAGAACUGAACGAAGAGGUGGGCCGUCUCGAGAUGGAGCUCAAGCGCCGACUAGCUGUGGGGUGGAGCACCAGCUUGGCAAGCUUGAAGCGCGAGAUGUGCGAGCAGAAGGGAUUCAGUGAGCAGGCCCUGAACCGGACAUUGAUGAUGAUGCAGAGGCGAGACACGAUCAUGUUCAGGAACCAGGGAGCGCAGGUGUACCGAAACGCCAUCUAA